AUUUCUGCAGCGUCUUCUUGAAAUAUCUCGAGGAUACUGCUUGGCGGCGUGGUCUACAGUGCCCAUCUCUCUCUCAGAGUUAAGCUCAUCUUGGCUAAGCUGUCCGCAUAUCUAUUGCUUUCUCUAUAGCACAGUUAACCUUGCGCCUUCAAACGAAUGGUGAAAAAAGAGAGGGGGGAAGAAAAAAAACUCAUUGCUGAUCAAAGCUUAGAACAACCACUAAUUGAGAAUUCUACUAAUGGCCGUAUAUUUUGAUUACAAGAGAUCUAUUCUAUAUGAAUGGUAUUGUAAUUAUUAUGGCAAGUGUUUAUUCAUAUGUUCUAAGGCUUUAGGAAUGUGAGUUCUCUCAUAUUUCGUACCGGUCACCCCUAAAUUUUUGGGGUGUGACACUUGGUGUAUGAGCAUCAUCUGAAAGAUCAAAGUGAGAAGCAGAUAUGGAGAAAUUGGGAGAUAUCAUGUGGGAUAUUACAAAGUAUUUGUGUGGUUGCGCCAAACAAGAAGCUGGGCUUAUUUGUAAGUUGGAAGGGAAUCUGCAAUCUCUAGAAAGUAAAUGGAAAAAGCUUGAAGCUGUGAAGAAGGAUGUGGAAGCACAAAUUGAAGAAGUUGAGGGUAUCAGAGAGGGGCAAAGGACAUAUGAAGUCAGUGGUUGGCUCCAAAGUAUCCAAAACAUUCAAAAGGAAGUAGAAGAUAAUCUAUAUCAAGGAGUCCAAGAAAUCCAAAACAACUGCCUAAGUAAGUGUUGUCCCAAGAAUUGCAAGUCAAGCUACAAGUUGGGAAAGAAUGUUGCCAAGAUGCUCACUAAAGUAGAUGAUCUAACAGCCGAGGGACAAGGAUUUGUUAAGGGUUAUCCAAUUACGCGCAAGCCAUCGCGUAAAGGAAUUGGUCAAAUACCUCUUGAGGAGACUGUGGGGCAAGAUUUGAUAUUUGAUAAAGUAUGGAGUAGAAUUGAAGCAAAUAAUGUUGGUGUCAUAGGUUUAUAUGGGACUGGAGGGGUGGGAAAGACCACUUUAUUGAAGAAAAUUAGUAAUGAACUUGGGAAGAGAAAGCCUGAUUUUCUUGUGAUUUGGGUGGUAGUAUCCAAAGAGCGUAACUUGGAUGCAAUCAUGGAUACUAUAAGAAAAUCAAUAGGAAUUGGAGAUGUUGCUUGGAGUUCUUGCAAUAGUCGAGAAGAAAAAUCUUCAAAGAUUUUGCAAGCGUUGGAGCGGAAAAAAUUUGUUUUAUUGCUGGAUGAUGUGUGGGAGAGAUUGGACUUGAAUUUGGUGGGGGUACCUCAUCCAACAGAUUCAAACUCUGAGUCCAAAGUGUUACUCACAACACGAUUGAAGGAUGUGUGCGCAAAAAUGCAAGCUCCAGAACCACUCAAAGUGGACUUUUUGAAUGAAAAAGAAGCAUUAGAGUUAUUUCAUAUCAAAGUUACAGAAGAAACUUUAAACUACGACCCUAGGAUCAGAGACCUAGCAAAAGAAAUGGCAGCAGAGUGUAAAGGGCUGCCUCUUGCGUUAAUUGUGGUAGGAAUUGCCAUGGCUGGUGUGGAAGAUGUUAACGUAUGGGAGUGCUCAAAAAAUAAGUUGACAAGUUCUCCAUGGACCAAUACAGAUUUCGAGACAAAAAUUUUUUCCAUCCUUAAGUUGAGCUAUGAUCAGUUGCCGGAUGAUACUCAUAGAAAUUGUUUCUUGUAUUGUGCAUUAUAUCCAGAAGACUAUGAGAUUCGGGUCACUGAUAUCAUUGAUAAAUGGAUAGGGGAGGGGUUUAUCUGUAGAGAUAUGACAAAAAGCAUACAAGACAUUCGUUAA